UAUUUGUAUGCCGUGUCGUUCUUAUCAUACUUCAUAUCCUACUUUCAUUGACAGUUCUUCACUGCCAGAAGUGUUGUUUCGUGUGCCGUGUUAUUUUUCAUUUCUUUCUUUUCUUUACGUAAAAUCAGAAAAUUAAUCAAAAUGUUACUCACCAAACUAUGCGGUCGACAUUCAUUUUCGGUGAAGAAUAUUCUGAAAAUAUCGCAAACGAAUUGCAGAGGGGUGGCACACUAUCCGAUUGAUGAAAGUAUUUUUGGUUUAACAGAGGAACAACAAAGUCUGAGACAGACAGUGUUCAACCUCGUUCAAAAAGAAUUGGCUCCGUAUUCAAUUGAAAUCGACAAAACUAAUAAUUUCAAAAACUUCCGACCAUUUUUUAAACAACUUGGAAAUCUUGGUGCUUUGGGAAUCACAGCAAAGUCUGAGUAUGGAGGUUCCGAUGGAUCGUAUCUCGACCACUGUAUUAUUAUGGAGGAAAUUUCACGAGCCGAUGGAGGUAUUGGGCUGAGCUAUGGAGCGCAUUCAAAUUUGUGCAUAAAUCAAAUUAGUCGAAAUGGCACAGAAGAACAAAAACAGAAAUAUUUGCCUAAGUUAUGCAGCGGAGAACAUAUUGGUGCACUUGCUAUGUCUGAACCUGGUAGUGGUAGUGAUGUUGUGUCGAUGCGAUUGAAAGCUGAACGAAAAGCCGAUCACUAUCUACUCAACGGAAAUAAAUUUUGGAUAACAAAUGGUCCCGAUGCUGAUACAUUGGUAGUGUAUGCUCGAACCGAUGCGAAUGCAAAAGCACAACAUGGGAUCACGGCAUUUAUAAUUGAACGCGGAUUCGAAGGUUUCUCGAAUGGACCAAAAUUGGACAAACUCGGCCAUCGUGGUAGCGGGACUUCGGAAUUGAUAUUCGAUAACUGUAAAGUUCCAAUAGAAAAUGUUCUCGGUGGUGAGCAGAAGGGAGUUUAUGUGCUGAUGUCUGGUCUGGAUUAUGAGCGCUUAGUAUUGGCAGCUGGACCGGUGGGUCUGAUGCAAGCAGCUGUUGAUGUAUCAUUUGAUUAUGCGCAUCAGCGUAAACAGUUCGGAAAGCGAAUUGGAGAGUUUCAGUUGCUCCAGGGAAAAAUGGCGGACAUGUACACCACUUUGAACGCCUGCAGAUCAUAUCUGUACGGCGUGGCUCGGUCUGCUGAUGCUGGCAAAGCAAAUCCCAAGGAUUGUGCUGGAGUUAUAUUGUACUGUGCCGAGAAGGCCACCCAAGUUGGAUUGGAUUCAAUUCAAAUUUUAGGAGGGAACGGAUAUAUAAACGAUUAUCCAACCGGGAAAAUUAUGCGUGAUGCUAAAUUAUACGAAAUCGGUGCUGGUACAUCCGAAGUGAGGCGAUUGGUUAUUGGUCGAAAUUUGAACAGAGAAUACGCCAACUAAAAAAAAUUGUUUGUCGACUCAUUCUGCGAAUUUUAUUAAAUAAAAUUGUAAACGAGACGGUAAAAUGUGAAAUGUUAAGGCUAAAAAUGCAUUUAUUUUGAAAUUAUUGUUUA